AUGGAAUUAGAACAGCAACAACAUCUUAUUGUUAGUGGAGUUGAUGAAAAUGGAAAUAAGAAGAGAAUUGAAGGGGAUUAUUAUUUAAUUUUACCAUUAGAAGAAAAUGCAGUAUAUCCACCAUGUGGUAUUAUUGGAGGAUUAAAAGAUACAUUAUUGUUUAUAUUAACAUGUUUACAAUAUUUAAUUCAUAAUCCAAUGCAAUCAAUUAUUGUUGGAUUAACACAUCCAUUAUGUGUAGCUAUUUUUCUUACAAUAACUACAGGGUAUUUUAGUGGAGUAAUAAUUUGUUUUUCACAAGAAAAUCAAAGAAUAUUUUAUAGGUUCCAUCCAGAUAUUAAAUAUCAACAAUUCAUAUUAGAUGAUAUAGGAUUUACUUUAAUGCCAUUUGUUGAUAUUGUUCAAUUUGCUGAUAUUUAUCUUGGAGCAAUUAUUAUUAUAUGUUUAGUGUUUAGAUUUUUUAUAACAAAGUAUCGUUUAAUUAUUUUACGAAGGUAUUUUACUUUAAUGGGAGUGUUAUUUGCAAUUCGAUUAGUUUGUGUUUAUUUAACUAUCUUACCUGAUCCAUCUCGAGCUAAAACUACUGUUAAUUCAAAUCCAUUCUUAGAAGGAUUUUAUAUUAUGACAGGUCUUCAUUUCUCAACAGUAGAUAAAUUAUUUAGUGGUCAUACUAUGUCCAUCACUUUAAUAGCUUUGUUUUGGUCACAUUAUUCAGGAAGAGUUCCUAUUAUUGAUUUCAACCCAUUUAACUGGAAAUGGGUUACUUCUUAUGGAUAUCCAUUAAAAAUUACAUUAACUUCAUUAUACGUUUGGGUAUAUGUUAUGAUUGGAUGGUGUUUAUUUGUUAUGUUAAGAAGACAUUAUAGUGUUGAUGUGUUUCUUGGUGUAAUUAUUUGUGUUGCUGUCUUUGAAUGGUAUCACAGUUAUAUCUUAACAAGUUGCACUCGUAAAAAUAUAUUUAAUGCUUUUAUCAUGUGGAUGGAACAAGACGCUCCAGACAUUCCUCAUGAGAUGUAUUAUUUUAAACAAGAAAUGCCAUUAGAGUCCCUUCAAAUUAACUGA